AUGCUUCUUCAAGCUCCAUUCGAUAUUGCAAUUAAAAUUUUUGAUCUUCUUUCGCCAAAAGACUUGGCCGCCUUAUCACAAACCAGCAAAACAUAUCAUUCAAUCGUUCAGAAGUAUGGCUGGAAACAUUACUAUAAGGAACAAAAUUGGAAUCUUUUAAAAAAUCCUCAAGACACAAAGGACGACGACAAUGAACAAGACUGGCAAGCUAAGGUCGCAUUUGGAGUGACCACCCACAAAAACUGGGCACGAAAAGAGUUUUCUACGACCAUCAUCUCAAGUCAACGUCAAUCGUAUUUACCAACUCUAAGCUUUGAUCACGAAAAACUUGUGUGUAGCGUUGGCAACACGCUGGAUAUCUUUGACUUUGCACAGAGUAGCAACAGAAGGAAGAAGAAUGGUCAACCACAAAAGAUCAAUAAAUUGAAAUCGUUUAUCGCUCAUCAUCUUGAUAUAACAGAUAUUGCUUUGUGUUCUGAUUAUAACGAAUUGUUUACUUGUUCUAUGGAUCAUACCAUUAAACGCUGGUUCUUGGAUCAAUCGAUCACUUCUCAGAUUCCUCUUGCACAGGUUUAUUAUGGUCAUGAUGCACCUGUCCAUUCGACAUUUCAGUUUCCAUAUGAUUCGAGCACAUUGUUUUCCGUGAGUUUUGAUGGGAAAUUGUGUGUGUGGAAUACUGAUACUGCUGAGAUGUGUUAUAGCACUCAAGUCCCUGGAAUACCAAGAGCUAUGCGUGGUUUAUCUAAUGGUUUGAUCGGGGUUGGAAAUAAAAGCACUGAACAUUUGACCCUGUAUAAAGUGACUCCAAAUGAAUUAGUACGGGUUACUAGUGUAAAAGGACAUAAGAGCACAGUAUACGCUCUAAAGUCGACAGAUCUCUUUCCACAUACUUUCCUUUCUGGCUGUUAUGAUAGUAUUUCGCGUCUUUAUGAUCUUCGAAACAAUUCAUGUGUUGCAUCGUUUAAAGAUCCUUUUGACACUAAUCCAGUGUUCUCGGUCGACUAUGAUCGAUACCGAGUAGCCUCUGGUAGCUCAAUGCAUGGAUUGAUUCGUUUAUGGGACAUGAGAUACUAUAAAUCUUCUAAUGAUUAUUCUGGAACUCUAAAAAAAGGGGCAGUCAGAGAUGGAUGGUCAAUAUUUUUAGGAAAAUCGCAGAAUUCACCCGUUUACUCGUUACAAAUGUCACAUUCAAGAUUGGUUGCUGCUUUGGCUAAUCAAACAUGGAUGUUAGAUUUUGGCGAUGGCGGUAGUGGACUUUCGAGCACAGAUUCUCCUCAUUCCAAUUUUCAUCGGUCACGAUACCGAUCAUCUGGUGAAAGGAGAUCAUACAAUGGUGGAGUUAAUGCACCACU